AAAGCCGUCAUUUCGUACACUGAACAGCCCUUCCUUUUUUAAUAAAAAAAUCCUUGUACGGGUAAAAUAUGAACAACAAAAAAAGAAAAAAAGACUUUUUAUUUGAAGUGAGAGGUUGCGCUUAGGUUAAGUUACAAACUCGACCUUCACCACCACCAUCAAUUUUAUAUCGCAUUGUCAAGAUUAUGGGAUUGAUAUGAUAACUGUUAAUGAUAUCUUAUAUCAAAUACCAAAACGUUAUUAUUUUUGUUUUUGAUCUUUCAAGAACUAAAGAUUUAUAUUUUAUGUUCGCGAUAAAUUGCCCGUGGUGAAAAAGAACUGAAGAUCACCGUUGCAGUUAGUCACUUGGUGGAAUGUACCUGAAGCUCAAGAUUAGUUUUAUUUGCUAAUCCGCUGUUAUGUCAAUUAUAUUACUACAUAUAUAUAUAUAUAUAUUUUUUUUAGAAUCCACUCUUUAUAAAGGAUUGUUUCUUACUUUAUAAUUGACAAAGAAUGUUUAGUAUUGGCAAUAAAACAGACUUUAAUGGGAGAAAACCUUUAUCGAUAAACAACUACCAUAGAGAAUCGAACAAACAUUUGAAAUGUACCACUUAUCCCCUUUUAAUAACUUCGACGGAUUUCUACCGCGUACUUCAGUUGUCUCCGCCGGAACGCUGUCAUGAAAAAGCAAAUUCGGAUUUUUGUGAGGGUUAUAUUGACCCUUAUUUACGGCGAUUCAUUAUAGUUGAUAUUAAAAAUUGGAGACUUUUCAUAUCAAAUGAUCGAUACUGUAUGAGCAAUGCCAUUAGUUACGAUAUUAAAAGACAUUUGAGCGGAUUUGUAGACUUUGAGAAUGAUAAUGAGCAUUUAAGUGUGCUUUUUAGAUUCGUGAAAAGAAACUUCACAUGUGAUGAUCCUGGAUUCGUCCUUCUCUUCCCUUCAACUGGUGAUAUGUUCUAUUGGGAAGAUAUAAACUAUAUUCGUUUAGUACAUGAACUGAAUGGCUCCAAAGGGUUCGUACAUAUUAAACUACCCCUCUUAACAAAGGAAAAGUGUAUCGGUCUUACCAUGAUACCACCUGCUGGUUCUGUUGUUAGCACAACUGCUGGUAGGUUUUUCAACAUAUAUCCAAGGAAUGACAAUCAAAGGUUGAGUUUGGUGUAUCGAAUGCUUCCAUUAUCUGGAUCUCUUAUUAAUAUUCAAUGCAGUAUUUCGAAAAUAACUUCUUAUCCAAGUCACGUCGUAGCUAUACGGGCUGGUUCUAUAAAAAGCAAGUAUGAAAGAAUUGUUUACGGUUUAUUUUCGAACGCUGAUAUAUACAUUUGGGAAAUAUCUCGGAAGGGGUGUUCUCAAUUGCUUCAAAAGAAAAAUAUUCGGAAUCUUAUAAUUCAAAGGUUUCGCCUCGACGGGGACUGCGUAAAUGAACUUGAAUUUCUCGAUUUGUCUAUCUGUAAGUCUGAUCCUUAUUCAUUGGUUUGCCUUAUUGCAUGGAACGAAAAUGCUCCUACAAAGUACUAUGCAAUUGCUUCCGUUUCUUUCAAUAAUGAAAUGUUACCAACAAUUUCGGGGUUUCACAAAGUUUGUUCCUACCAUUCUUUAGUCGAUUCAAUCUCUGCCCGUAUUUUCUGUCCUGCUCCGUGUACUGUUAUUUAUUGUGUUUUUGAUUCGUUACCAGUUAUUGUUUGUAACUUUAAGGGAAGAGAAACCAAUGAGUUUGUAGAAGAAUCCUUGUUUAUCAGUAAUUCGUAUAAACAGUUCCAAGUCAUGGAUAUUGCUUCUGUGGAUGCUGUUCUUGAAGAUACGAAUACUCUUAUGCUGGAGUUUCCUGCCAUUGCUUUAUUAACAAAGGGUAACGGUGUCGUCUUGCUUGAAUCAACCAAUUGUUCUCUCGAUGGGUAUAGUGAUCUCAGGUUUUUGAAAACCCGUCUUUCGCAAUAUGCCUCACAGAACUCUUUAUUAAAGAAACAAUUUUCUGUCUGCUCUGGCUUUUCGUCAGUUUUACCAAGAGACAGGUUGUUCCCAACGCUUCUUAUAUUAUGUGAUGAAAUUGCAAGGUCGUAUCCCACUUUCCAUACUUCGGUCAGUGAAAUCCUUAAUUACCAGUUUCAUAAACUUAUGGAAACGAUUCUUGUUUCCUUGAAACAUUUUAAGUUAACUUCCACGGAACGACUUCAUCUCUGGCUUAAACUUGCCUAUGUUAACUCGUUGGUUGAUAUUUACGAUCAGUUAGUUCGUGAAGGGCGAAAGAGCAAUAUUCUUCAUCUUAUCCUUCAAGCAAUGGUAAAAUCCGGGAAUAUAAAUGAUCUUUUUUUGAACAAGUCCUUAAAUAUCAAGCUUUUACUAUAUUCUCUGCAUACGUUUUACAAACAUUACGCCAGUACGGAAAAUACUUUUAAUUUCAAGCUUUUACAGUUUUUAAUAACGGUGAAUAAUGUUUUUGGUUUGGUAUUUGGAAAUGAAUUGGCGUACCGCCAAGAAGAAGUCAUCGGCAAUGUGGAUUCUACAAAAAUUUCCAUACCUGAACUAUGGAAUAUUGAGAUUGAUAGCGUAAAUUUACUUUUAUCUCAAAUUGAAAAAUCAAUUGCUGUAGACCGGAAAAAGGAUUUCAUUGGUUUGAAGAAUGAUCGGAAUAAGAAAAUGCUAAUGAAACUGCAAAAGCAGAUUCUUCAUUUAAUAGAGCACGGCUGUUUUCUUAUACAUGAGUUGACAAAUUCUUACACGAAACCGAAUUCAGUGCCAGCUGCAGGGGCAGAUGAAUAUAGCUCACUUGAAGAACAUUUCCGAGGAAGAAGGAGAGAAUGGCUGAACUAUUUAGCUCAAAUCGGAUACUUGAAACGUGCAAUCAAAAUAUCUGAGCAUGUGCGAGAUUAUCCUUCAUUGAUUACUUUGCUUAAUUCAUGCAAUUUUGAAACACCAGAAGAUAAAGUAAGUACACAGAGGCAUUACCUUCAAAUUUUCAAAGAUGACUUUGCUAUUGUUCUAUUUACUCACUUGGUUGAAACCGGUCAAUUACACAGCCUGCUGCAUGACUUUAGGAGCUAUGAAAGUUAUCUGAGAAAAUUCCUAGAGACGAAUAAACUAUAUAACUUGUUAUGGGUAUAUGAAGCUGAAUCGGGGAAUUUCACACAUGCGUCUGACAUAUUAUUACGUGGCGAUGUGAUACUUAAGUCGAAAAUAAGUGAGCAAAACAUUCUUUUUACCCUGUCAAAGUUAUUCACAUUGGUAAAUGAAAAAGGUUAUGAUAAUAAUCUUGUAAAAAAGAAAAUGAAGGAGAUUGAUUCAAACCAAAGGAUUGUUUCCAUUCAACGAGAAUAUGCAAAGUUACUCGAUUCUACGAUAGUUAUCGCAGGAAAUGAAGAGGAAGCAAUAGUACUUCUACUUGAGGCAAAUUGUGUCUCAUUACAUGAAGCUUCAGUUCGUUAUAGAAUAGUUUCUAAUCUUCUAACUCGUCUGUUGCUGAAGGAACAUUCUCCACUCGUGGAAACGAUUGACUUUUUUACGUCGUUUUCAAUUGAAAAUAACUAUUAUGAGUUUCGUUUGGCAUGCGACUUAUUAGAAAAUUCGUCAUUUUCUACCCAUCAGUUUGUCUUCCUAUACCUAUUGCUAACGCAGAGAUUUCUUUUGCAACUGAAUUGGGAUGAAACUUUAAGAGCUUUAACAGAGCGGAAUAUGGACUAUUUAUGCUCUUUUAGAACUGUCUUUCAGAAGUUGGAAUCAAAAGACUUCAUACUUGACAAAUAUCAUUCAAUUCAUCUCUUUCCAAAGAUUAUAUGUCUUGAUGUUCUAAAAUCUUUGUAUUCUACUUUGUUUGAAUCUCAGUUGAAAAGCUAUAAUCACGAGCUUUUAGCAGAACAUCGUAGAUGUCAGAAACUUUAUGAAGAAAGAGAUCUUUCUUCAGUUCUUGCUCAAUUGUCAUUAUUGUUUAAAGAGGAGAAGACCACUAAUACACAGAAAGAAACCAAGUGCUAAUGAUUUUAAUGACAUGAAUAUCUUAUUUGACGAUUACUUUUAUGAUGACUCGAUUCUACACGAACUUUCGACGAUUAAUUUUUCUAGUUUACAAUAAAAAAAAUAAGUUAAAAUUUUGUAUGUUUGCUAUAGUCUAGUCUGAAAAGGUCCGCUAGUUUUUCAUACGAAUGAAUGGUGAGAAAAGAUUCAGUAAUAAAAGGAACAGUCGG